GGGAAACUUCGAUGACGAUUGAUUGAUUUUCCCCAUUAGCAGAAUCCUUCGCUUCGAACGACGCAACGGCUACCCCGCAACGUUCUACGUUGUUCUGACCACGCCUACGCGAUAAUCAAUCGAUCGCCAAUACAAUACGUCAAUAUUCUCGACUGGUGUACGCGUCAACAAAGCUGUAUAGAUCGGCGAUGCGCACGUGCUCGUGGGAAACGUGUGGAACAUACAUUUUUAUCGAAUUCCUAGAAUAAUUCUAUGCCGAUGGUGUAGCGGUAGAAGAAGAAUAAUAAUAAGAGGAAAACACUUGUUACCAAUUAUACAUCGGCCGACGGUCAUUAUAAUUAAUUGGAAAUCUCGAAUACACAAUCUGAGCGAGCAUAAAUGCGCGCAUACAACAUCAACGUUAUCUUUCGUGCGUCAAUCAAUUUUUAAAGUUUACAGAAAAUGGGGAGGGUAGAGGGAGUAGUGCCGAGGGACUUAAAGAGGGGAGGUAGACGGACCGGCAGACGAAGUGAAGAUCAGUCACUAAAAAGCUCUUCGAAAAACCGGUCGUCUUGUGCACGUAUAUCGUCAGAGGUAUUAAUUUUUCGAACACAAGUGAACAACGGAAUUGCAAAAGUAAUUUUUUUCGUUUUCACGUUCGCGUAGGUAUAAAUGAAACGAAUCGUGCGCGUUGGAUGUGAAAAUGUGAACCGAUUCCAAAACCAAUUUCUAUAGUAUUUUCCCUCAAUUUAUUCGUCGCAACUGUAUCGUACACCUCGAUAGUUUCCAAAUCGAUAGCCGUAAACGAAUACAAUUAGCAACUCCGAACGCUUCCCGAAUACGAUGUGUGAGUUGAAUUGUGAUUAACGAUAACGCGAUAAUGUGCGACAAGUUUAAGAAAUUUGUAAAAUAAAAUAUUUCGACAAAACUGUAUUAUCCAGAAAACAAUACUCGUUAAAUAAAUAAAUAGAUAUAACCAAACAUGUUUCUGAACGACACAUUGCGGAUGUUCAUGUUUACCGCCAAUCUGAUGGCGACCCUCCCUAACGGUACGGAUUCCCCAAAUUCCGUCGGUUCACAAGCUAAUGGAAUUACAACAACGACAUUAUCACCCGAAGAACGAAACAACAGAUUCGAAUUUGCGGACGAAUGGGACAUGUGGCGGUGUUACCAGCCGUUCGGUUGUUUCUACAAAGGAGAACCAUGGCAGGGUGAAAAUAGACCGGUGGUCCUUUUUCCCAUGCGACCCGACAAAAUAAGUCCAAGGUAUCAACUCUACACCCGCAGUACCACGCAAGAUCCGGAGGACCUCAGAAUCGAUGACGUUGAUACCAUUAGAGACGCUCAUUUUCGACCGGAUGCCACGAUAUACUUCAUAAUUCACGGCUACCUGGAAAACGGGGACAAGACAUGGGUGACCAGAAUGAUGAACGAACUACUGAUACGGGAGGACUGCAACGUGUUGGUGGUGAACUGGUUGGCGGGAGCGGGUCCUCCUUACACCCAGGCGGUGGCGAACACUAGAAUCGUUGGUGCGAUGACCGCCCGUCUCGCUGCCCAAAUAGUGAACGUCGGUGGUUUUUCAGCCGGCAAAUUUCACAUAAUUGGCCACAGUCUGGGCGCCCACACGGCCGGAUACGUCGGUUACAACCUCAGAGUCCAGUACAGCAUCACCCUCGGCAGGAUAACCGGCCUCGAUCCGGCGGAACCGCACUUCAGCAACACCUCGCCGAUGGUUCGUCUCGAUCCGACCGACGCCACCUUCGUAACGGCGAUCCACACCGACAGCAGUCCCUUCAUCAGCGGGGGUCUCGGGAUCACUCAGCCGGUUGCCGACAUCGAUUUUUAUCCUAACGGGGGUCGCGAUCAGCCAGGAUGCAACGAGGGCGUCCUCAACUCCAUAACGCACGAGCGAGGAAGCGUGAUCCGCGGCAUCAGAAGAUUCCUAGGAUGCAACCAUAUCAGGAGCUACGAGUAUUUCAUGGAGAGUAUAAACACGGUCUGCCCGUUCCUCGCCGUCCCCUGUUCUUCAUGGGAGAGAUUCAAAGCCGGUCAUUGUUUCGAUUGCGUGAAUCAGUAUUGUCCGCGAUUCGGUAUAGACGCACAGCCGGGAAAUCACCACGCGUCGACUUACCUGAUGACCGGACAUAGCUUUCCCUACUGCAGAGGUCACUAUCGCGUGAAGAUAAAAAUCUCGGAGACGGCGGAGAGCAUAAGCCACGGCGGUGAGGUCGGUGUCUUCAUGAUCCGUGUCGUCGGAAGUCACAAGACGCAGAUCGCGCCUAUGCCGUUCAGCGAACACUCGAGAUAUUACGAACCGGGAAGUACUCACACGAUGGUCGUACCGGGUGAAAUUGUUGGAAAACCGACGGCGGCGGAGGUAACCUGGCAAUAUCACACGACCUUGAAUCCUCUCACCUGGCGACUGAUCACGAGACCGAGGGUGUACGUCGACUCGGUGGUAGUCGACGGUCUGGAGUCGAGUCACGGGAUAACGGUGUGCGCCGAUGCGACGAGAACCUUGUUCGCUAACGAACCGAAAAUCAUGACCGAGGAAAACUGCAACCCGGCACUAUCGAAUUUCGUAACGACAUAGAAGAGGAUCUUUUCACCGAACUGACGUACAGGUACCGAGGUCGAAUGAAUCCUCGGAGCCUAUGAUCGUAGUAAUUUAAUUUUAUUUCAUUAUCGAUAAGCUGACCGACCACCAAGAAUUGAUCGACCAUUGUAUUUCAUCGAACAAAUUAUUUCGCGCGCAAGGUGCAACUGUAACGAAGGAAAGAACGAGAGAUAGAAAAAAGUAUUCGAAACAUCGGUGGCUCCUUCGAACUGUCCAAUGGAUUUUCGUUCCAAUUGAAUAACAGGCGAUAGAAAGAACGAAAGAUAAGAGAUGAAAGGAACGAUGAAGACAGCCCGUGGUAGGCGUCAAAAUAUCCUUUCACUCCCGCAUACCGCGUAUUGUAGUGCGCGCGUGCUUUUAAACUCAUUCGCCGGGCGGGUAACGUCUGCACCGUGUACCGGACCACUUUCAUAUAAUAAUUCGAUCAAUUAUUUCAUUGUCAAUAAUCGUUAGAUUUUACGAUCUUUCGGAAUGUGGUUUGCGCGUACGGGGCUCUUCGGCUGAGCGUAUGUAUAUUCCUCGUUGACUGCAGUUAUCGGUAUUUCUAUUCGAAGCGUCUGACGAAGAAAAUUCACGUAUACCUCGUACUCGCGCACGGACGAGGAGAAAAUAUAAUUCAUUUUCAAAUACCUUCGAUACAUCAUGUAACUGAACGUGUCUCUCAUCAUUUCAUUCGCCGUAGCACGCGAAAAGAGAAUGUUUGAAAGAAAAGAUAGGAAAAAAAAGCGAUAAAAAAAAUAAAAAGACAAUGACAAUCAAUCAAGCGUAGCAAUGCACAUAGUUCUAAGCGAAUAAUAUACAUAUUAUGUAGUUGUAAGAAUGUACGAUAAUGUUAUUUUAACAGAGCGCAUCGGUAUUAUUAUAGUUCUUCAUUCAUUUUCCUAAUUUUUAAGUUAUUCUACACGCGUCGAUUUGUUUCACGAAUUAAGACUUUGUUUAUAGAAUCGCAUAUAAUGUACACGUACAAGACGUAAUAAUUCGUUUCAUAAUUUCCUCCCAUUUCCUAUUCGUAUAUAUAACAUGUACACACGUACAGUAAUACACAAAUUAUAAAUAUUUCUACAAACAAAAGGCUUUCUUCCGUUUCCUUUAUGAACUCUCAACGUAAUUAAGGUAUCCACUUACCAUCAUGUAUUCUCCCCUUGUUACGCGUAUACGUAAAAUAACUUAAUAAAUAUCAAAUUGCGUGUAAAAAAUUACAUAACAUACAUACGACGUACUUCACCAUUCCGUACGUAAAAACCAUCGCAUUCAAUGCCCACAAAAUUCAUUUUAAAUCAUGCACACGGUAUACGUAUAAUGAAAAUUUAUACGCAAAGUAAAAUGAAAAUGUUGAAUUUUUUUCUUUCUAUUUUUUCCGAUUCCGUAAUAAUCAACGUUAUUACUGUAUGUGAAAUAACGUAUAGCAUCCGUAUUCUCGGCAAAGAUAUUCGAGUAAGAAAAAAAAAAUAACGGAAUAAAAAAAAAAGAAAAAAAAAAAAACCACGUAAUAAUGAUUAACCCUUUUGCAAGAAGCUUUCUUUCUAUGCCGAUAUCUUCGUCACGCGACGACUGCACCACGAAGUUAAUACUUUAUACGCGUACGGUAUAUAGCUACCUAUCACCGCGGAAUAGAAAGCAGACGAAUUGUUGUUAUUUUAUCAGAGGUUGCCACUCCGUAACUAGAUUCGUAAUCGACUAAAAGGUCUCGUAAAACGGGUGACCUAAGAGGAGAAAUUACAAGUAAAAGAAGAUAACCUUUCUGACCCUGUUUCUCGCUGUAAUUACCGAAAGAAAAAAAAAAAAGAAAAAGAAAAGGAAACGAAUUUACUUCACCUCGAUUCAAUGAAAUAAACCUUGUUACCGGACCGACGAGUUUGCCGCGGAGUAGCGCAGUAACAAUCCUUGCGGAAGAGACGAGUAAAAAGCGAAAAGAACAAUUUUUUUUUCCGGGAAGUCAGAAGAAGAAGGAAGAAGGAAGAAGAAACUUUGCCAUCGAGUGAACUGUAUAUCACACUCCGUAAAUGAAUAAGAAAAAAGAGCUAGAAAUAAUUAUGGCAACUUUAAGUUACCGAAGAGAUUGGUCCUUAAAAAAAAAAAAAAAAAGAUAAA